AUGCUAACUUGUCACUUUUUUCCAGUUACACCUUCUGAGAAUUCACUGCAUCAGACCAUGGAAAACGUCAAUAACGUCACUGAAUUUAUACUUUUGGGACUUUCCCAGAACAAGAAGAUUAAAACUUUGUACUUUCUGCUAUUCUUAUUUUGUUAUAUAGCUAUUUGGAUGGGAAACUUGCUCAUAAUCAUUUCCAUCACAUGCAGUCAGUUAAUAGGCCAACCUAUGUAUUUCUUUCUUAAUUACCUUGCUUUCUCAGACCUGUGUUAUACCUCAACGGUGACACCCAAGCUACUCACCGACUUACUGAAAGAAAUGAACAGGAUUUCUUAUGCUAGCUGCAUGGCACAGCUUUUUGCUACACACUUCUUUGGGGGGAUUGAAAUCUUCAUCCUCACAGUGAUGGCCUAUGACCGCUACGUGGCUAUCUGCAAGCCCCUACACUACAUGGUCAUCAUGAGCAGGAGGAAACGUUAUAUAUUGAUCUUUGCUUGCUGUAUUGGGGCAUUUCUGCAUUCCUUUGUCCAGUGUCUCCUCACUAUCAACCUACCCUUCUGUGGCCCCAGUGAGAUAGAUCACUACUUCUGUGAUAUUUAUCCUUUGCUGAAACUGGCCUGCACUGACACAUACAGCAUAGGGAUCCUGGUUGUUGCCAAUUCAGGCAUGACAGGUUUGGUGAAUUUUGUUGUCUUGAUGCUGUCUUACUUCUUCAUAUUAUACACUAUCAGGGUUUACCCUGCUGAAAGCCGCAGCAAAGCUCUUUCCACUUGCAGUUCCCACAUAACAGUUGUGGUUCUAUUCUUUGUGCCUAUCCUGUAUAUUUAUAUUAGACCAGCCAUCACUUUUCCAGAAGAUAAAGUGUUUGCUCUUUUCUACACCAUCAUUGCCCCCAUGUUCAACCCUCUGAUCUACACUUUGAGAAACAUGGAGAUGAAGAAUGCCAUGAGGAAAGUGUGGUGCCAGAAUCCAUUUUCGAUUGGAAGGCAGUUAUUCUGAAAGGCAUAUCUACUCCUCAUUACACACCCUAUUCAAGUGAGUUUGCCCUACCGUAAGUUUAUUAAAGCAGAAACUGACUAUGAGAAACAUAAG